GAUUACAGGAUCCAGCAACCUUAUCUCCUGGACUUCCAAACUGCCAAAACGAAUACUUAUUCCCACCCAAAAGAAUCCAGAAACAGGAAGAGAAAAAAGAAAACCAGAAAAUGGCAGCACCAUUCCCUUCCACUGCAAAAACCAUACUCCCUUCUGCUCUCUCUUCUUCUCCAUCUUCUUCUUCUUCUUCAGCAUCAUUACCAAUUUAUACACGCAUAAACAAUGUAAAGAGACUGAAGAUACUGUGCCACGCAAUGACUGAGCCUCCAAUUAUGACAAAGAGAAGCCUCUCCCUCUGCCUUACUGCAACCUUUCUCUUCUCAUUGGCUACUAAAGGCUUCUCCAAUGCCAAGGCCGCAAUCCUGGAGGCCGAUGACGACGAAGAGCUAAUGGAAAAGGUGAAGAGCGACAGAAAAAAGAGGCUGCAAAGACAAGGAGUCAUCAACUCAUCCAAGAAAGAAACAGCAUAUCUGCAAGAGCUUAUUUACAAGCUGAGCAAAGUGGGUCAAGCCAUAGACAACAAUGAUCUCUCAGCUGCUGGUUCAGUUCUUGGUGCAAGCACGAACACAGAUUGGGUCCAAAAUGCCAAUAAAGCCUUCACCAAGCUAAGCUCUAGUCCUGAGGAGAAGACUGAAGUGGAUGUAUUCAAUUCCUCCCUAGCUUCGUUGAUUUCAUCAGUUGUUCGGAAUGAUGUUGAAUCCUCUAAAAUAGCUUUCGUAUCAUCCGCCGGUGCAGUGGAGAAAUGGACAAUCUUGACAGGGCUGGUUGAACAACUUAAAGGGCUUUGAAGGGGAAAUUGUUUUUCAUCUUCAUCUUCUUCUUCCCAUCAUUUUCUGACAUUAUUAUUUUUAUUUUUUCCCUGAUUGAGUGGAAAGUGAAAUUUCUACGGAAUUUCUAGAUUGAUUUAUUUGUAUCUCAUUUGUAUCUUUCCCUAAUAGCUUCCUUUUUAGUUAAGAGAAUCCCGAGGAAAAACAAUUUGUUUCUACCAAAUUAUGAAAAAUGUUUUUUCACUUGCA